AUGCCCCUCGUGAGCUUCCGCCGCCAGGAUGAAUAUCUAACCCAUGAUCUGAUAUACGACGCCAGGGACAAUAUCAUGGUCUCUGAGGAGUCAAUCCAUCACGUCUGCAAGCAUAAAAGCAUGUUCACGACAUUUAAAGCCCUGCCCUUGUACGACACCGAUGAGAGAAGGACCGUCUUGAGCCCCGGUCGUAGGACCGUGCAUAUCGAGCUGGCCGAGAAUGUGCGCUUGAAGCUCCUCAACGUUCUGUGCGCGCCUCACUUGAGCAUCGGAAGCCCUGGGGAGCCUGCCGCCGUUAUCAGUUGGCCUCGACUGCGGGAUGCAGGGCGUGUCCUGGGCCCGGCCUUGAACGAUAAAGAGACGCUCCGAAUUGGUGCCGGGUUGGUGAGAGAACCUAAAGGAUAUUGUGUCGAUGUUGGUGCUGUCCCAGUGGAAAAUAUCAAUGCCGGUGGGCACGAUGUUGAGGAAGAACGUACAGAAGUGUUAGUGGAUGUGAAAAAGCUAAAGGAUGGACGUGAAGCAUGGUUGAGGAAGAUCGAGCAGAGCAUGGUCCAGGCCAAGGAUACAGAGACCAAGAACGGCCGUCCGUCUGGAGACGCACGGAAGCCUCAACCUACCUCAGAUCGAUCGAUGAGGAACAUUGAGCGAGACUCGGUCAAGCCAGAGCAUGGUACAGGGAGAGAUACCCGUAUGCCUGUGCGGCAGGAGGUGCAGAAGAGCAAGCGUGGGGAUCGGUGGACUUUAUUCAAGUGA